GUUUAGUGGUUGAUUAGAUUAGGGUAGAACGGGGGGAAUGAGAUCCGUGACUUGGGCGCCGCAAGGGAGAUGCCCAAUUUUCCAAACCGGGAACUUCUUCCGGGAGAGGGAUCCUCGGUUUCAGAGACGGGGCAGGCAGCGCAGGGAGCAAACGCAUCCGGCUUUAGGAUGCAGGUGCGGCUCAAGCGAGGCAUGGCAGCGGCGUCCUGUACGAAAUCGACGCCCUCAACACUGGGACUCUCUCACCUCGUUGAGUGGAGAUCGGGCCCAGGCCUUCCGCCGGGCAGAUUGGAGUUUGCGGCCAGAUAGAAGUCUGCAAAGAAGCUCUCGUCCUAGGCAAACAGAUUGGUUCUCAAGCCAUGUUUGCAGCUAUUACCAGAAACAGGGGGAUUUCCAUGGAAGAGGAAUUCCUGGUACAAAGCAUGUGGGGGCAAUGGCAAGAGACAAUAUGAUUCGACAGGAGGAAAAUGGGUUUGAUAUUUUUAUUGAAAGCAAAAGUUUUCAUUUUGAAAUCAUUGAUUGCAAUGCUAUUCACGUUUCUGAAUCGAAAAAUGGAAUUUCUUCUGCUAUAAAUCUUGAUCUUGCUAGGGUUAAAUGGUUGAAGGACUCCAUACACAAGAUCUUUUCGGGUAAUAGAUUUUGUACUAGGAUGGAGUUGCAUAAAUCCCUUACUAUAUUUUAUGAUGCAAAUUAUUUUGGAGGAUUUGUCAGAAUAAUUGAGAGGGGAUAUGAUUCACUUUUUAUUCCAGAGGGAUGGAAUGGACAUGGGAUUAAUCUUUUUCUUUCUGGGUUAACAAAAGCAAUUACCUUGAUGAAUUCAAUUGCUUCAAAUAUAGCAAUUGAACAAGAUUCGGGUGAGGUUGUUUUGGAUACGAGGAGUAUGAAUUUGGACUUUCUACCUUUUGAUGGAGAUUAUCCUCAUUCUUGGGACACUGAGUUGUCCAUUUCAGGAGCUUUACUUCAAGUUGAUAUUGACCGUUUUGAAAAUCGCUCUUUGGAUUUGGUUACUAUUGAAGAUGUCCAAAACCCGUUGAUGAUUAUUGAACCUGAGCAAACCUCUGAUGAAUUUGCACAACUCAAAAAAUUUUUUCAUGACACUUUGACAAAUGGGGUGGACUCACUUUCACAUUACUUGCUUUGUGAAUUUGAGAGACUUCUUACUUCUACUUUGGGUAAUUUGACUAUGGGAUCCUGUAAUGAUGGAAAAACUUCUGAAAUAGAGAAUGCUACAGAACAAAAAGAAAACUCAGGUGGCGGUAUUAGAAGCGGUCAUGCUCAUCUAGGUGGGGUUUCUAGAGGCAACCUUUCUGAUGUUUUUGACUGUGAUGAAUUUUAUGGUGGUCCGGAUUCCAUAAUCUCGGGUGAUGAAUUUCUUGGUCAUGUCUCAGAAAACGAAAAAAGGGUUCCAUUUUCAACGAUGGAGGAUCUUUGGGACUCAGAUACAAAUGAGAUUAUUUGUCAAAAAGCUCUAUUGGUUACGCCAGAUAAUUGCCUGCCUACUCAGAAUUUAAACACCCAAAAAAGAAUGUACAAGAAGAGGAAUCAACGAUCACAUCUUAUGAGAACUAGAUCUCAAACUCGAGCGGAACUAUGAAGAUGUGUCUGAGGGUUAAAGUUUAGUUUGGGAGGGUUUUUUAUUAUACUUUGGGUUGGGUAUUUAUGUUUAGCUUGUUUUUAAUUUGUUCUCGUUUUUUUCCCUUCUGUAUUUUCUUUUGUACUUUUUAGGUUGUUCUUUUUAUUAAUAAAGAUUUCACUUUGGCAAAAAAAAAAAAAAUGCUUCAAAGAGAACUCACUCCGCCAUGGUCAGUCGGUUUGCUCGCUGUUCGCCGUUUGCUCGCAGAUUGCCGGAGCCUUUCAGUCCGUUUUCGUGUGGGAGAAGGGUAUCCGGAGAAGGUCUUCGGUUACAGUUAGCGGAGAAGGUCUUCGAUUACGGUCGCCGCCUGUGGGAAGGGAAGCUAAGGGCUAUCGCUCGCCGUCUGUGUUUUCUCGCAGAUGAGGGGACUGGUGAGUGGGAGUAGUUGAAGAAGCAUGGGGAUGCGGGAGAGAAAGAGAGGCACGCUGGUAUGACUAUUGAGGAGGCGGGAGGUUUGUGAAUCGGGUUAGUCUGGGCACGUGGGGUGAGGGAAUUUUUUUAAAAAAAAUUUAAAUGGG